AUGGCUGCCAAGGUCACCUCAUCCUCAUGCUUUGCUUUCCUAAAGGAAGCGCUGAUCCUGCCCACGCUAAACCCCAAGCUCUUCGCGCCGGUGCUCCUCCUCUUUGCCAUCACCGCCUUCCUUGACUCCUUGGACGAUGUCGUGUUCGUCCAGCCUCUCGUCGACGACAUGGGCAGCCGUCUCAUCGCGGUCAACAGCACCGACCCCUUGGGCGCCGAGUACACCAAGCUCACGGAGGAGACAGAGCCAGGCGGUAGCGGUACAAAGCUCCUCCUCAUCACCAUCGCCCAGCUGGUCGUCGGUGGUCUGGCGCUCGGCCUCGUCAAGCAGAUCCUCGCCCUCUUCGCAGCCUCCACGACCUACUCCGGCGACCGCUACUCGCUAGCAGAGCUCCUGCGUGAGCUGGUCAAGGGGAGGAUCAGCGUGAAGGGCCCUUCCGUCACCAUCGCCGUCGUCGACGCGCUUGACUUCGCAUCGGCGGUCCUGGCCGCGCUGAUUCCCACUCCCGCCCUGAUGGGCGGGCUCUCGGGGGUGCUCUCCGUCCAGGGUCUCGUCUCCCACCUCGCGAACCACGUCUCCCUCUGCUUCACCGUCGUCGCGCUGGUGGGCGUCACCGCGUCGGCGGUCGACAGGAGGUGCAGCGGCGUGCGCGCGCUCCGGCAGGCGUGGCGGCUCGUGACGCGGGUGAGGAGGAAGGAGGGACUCGUGCUGGUGCUCAUGGCAUACCUCGGGCCUACCGCCGUGACUCCGCUGCACGGGUUCGCUCUUGGAAUUGUCCAAAUGAACAUGGCCGAGAUGCAAACUUGGAACAAAAUUGUAAAGUUUCUGAGAGGUGUUGUUGUGCUAACAAUAGCUCCUUUCCUGAAAGGAGAAUAUGAGAUACCAUACAAAUCACUAUCUAACAAUAGCACACUUAUGAAAAGUUGGACCAUCUCAAGGUUUUCUUCAAGCUCUGCACCAAUACUUCUUACCGAAAAAGAAUCAGACACGCCUACUUAA